AUGGCUCUACAUCAGGGACCCAGCAUUCUCGUUCUGGCUGGUUUAGUGUCUUUGUUAACCGGCACAGUUCUGCACAUCGUUGGUCAGUCCACUUCAGAGUGGUUUGUGGUACAGUCUGCAAGCAGCGCAGUUGCAGAUCUCCGGAAGGAUUCAACGAUUCGAAGCAGAUUAACCAUUGGUCUCUGGAAAGGCUGUUACUCUGUGGAGUGUUUUGCAGUAACUGGGAUGACUGCCGAACUAAAAGCCUGUGAGGCUUUUGCAUUAUUAGGUAUUUGUGCCAGUCUGGCCGCUUUUUGCCUUGCAUUUUAUAAUUUCAAACUGGCAAUUUCGAGGAAACCACAACACGAAGGAGUGCCUACACUUGUACUAUGGUCAAGCAUUGUUGCGGCGCUGUUUAUUCUGAUCUGCCUUAUUGUCUGGGGCGCAACCAUUUAUGACUCACGCAUUGGGCACACUGGUUAUUCCUUAUUACUGAGCAUUAUUGGAGGACUUUUUAUCGUCAUUGGAGGCGGGCUGGUGUUCGUUGGCAGCGUCAACAAUCUCACUUAA